ACUUCUUCGAAUUUGAAGAUACGUUUGUGUCACUUUGAAAAUAAAGAUGAGAAUUUCAUUUUGUAAAAUUUUCUUUUUGAAUUACCUAUUCAUAUAUGCAAAUUCAGAGGAACCCCACUGUUCAAAAUAUGAUUUUGAAGAGAAAGUUUUAGAGAAAAUGGUUCGCAUGGAAUUUCAAAUGGAGAGAAUGGAAUCUGAAAUGGAACAAACAGUGAAAAGUGUUGACCGGAAACUGAAUGAAAUGGAUGAAAAAGAGGCAAAAAAUUCGAAUACCAUUAAAACAACACAGGAAAAGUUAAGUGAGAAAAUGGAAGCACUUCAAAACAAAACGUCAGAGGUUAUUGAUACAAAAUUAAAGGAACUGCAAAUUCUCAAAGAUAAGAUUGUGACACCAACUGUGGCAUUCAAGGCAAGGCUAAAUGGUCACACUGCCGUUCCUGUAGGUCAAGUUAUAGUGUUUCCUGUAGUACUCUUCAAUGAAGGAGAAGGUUACAACAGUCAGACAGGGAAAUUUACGGCCGCAAUAAACGGAACAUAUCUAUUUACUAUAGCAUUAUGUGUGCUGGGUAGCAAGUAUUUGUACGCGGAUAUAAUGGUUGAUGGUGUAGCAUAUACUAGGACAUACAUUCAAGACAAAGAUAAUAACGACUGUCAUACAGCUGACACUGUCGUUGUGUUAAAAGCUGGACAGAGCGUGUGGGUUGAGCCGUCUUUGAGUGACUCUGGUAAAAUAAUCCAACAUCAUCCUUCAUACUAUUGGAACACAUUUUCCGGAGUUUUGCUCAAUAAAUAAAUACAUUAUUAACUGCUUAUAAUUUCACACGAAUUGUAAUAUAAUUAUUAAAUAUUAUCAAACAUGUUUAUGAAAACAAAAGAAAAAUGACUCUGUGGAUAAGUAUUAAACCCUUUUCAUUAAUGAGCUAGUUAAAAGACAGUUGAUAUUACUUACUUGGUAUAAUUAUGUAAACACAAUGUCACAAUAUUUCAUUACUGCGUUAUCUUACUAAUGGUAAAUAAAAGAUCAGGUUAAUUAACAUCAUUGUACUCAACAUGAAGAUAUAUUUGAACGAGUAACCAUAUAUCCGGAUAGACAUCAUAACUCUAAAUACGAACUCACAACGGUUCCAAGCUACAGCUUAAAAAACAAAAACAUAUACUUUGGCGUCUAUUUACAUGUGGCUUUUGCAUGAAAAUUAUUGAUUUGCACACAAAGUAAAUCCUUUGGAAUUAAAAAUAUGUUGUAAAUGCAUGCAUCUUAUUACUGCUGGCACUGCGUCCUCCCCGGUUAUCGGAGUAAUGCCAACGUUUAUGAAUAUAUAGAAUGCAAGUCGCUACUUAUAAAUAUGGCAGAUUGGCCUUAAUUCUACCCCUUUUUGAUUACAAUUUUAUAUGACACGUGUAUACGUAAAUUUAAAAGUAAAAAUACAACCCUUGUGAUACUUCAAUGCAUCCAAGAUAAGGCAGAAACAGAAAGCCCUUUUCAUUUUUUAUCAUUUACGCAAGAACCGUAGUUCUAAAGAUAAACGUCAAAUUUAUUAUGUAGUAGUUUGAUUUUAAAUGUAUGUUUUUAUGAAAGAUAAUGGUCAUAUUUAGUGUAUUAUAGAUUAUGGUUUGUUUAAAAUGUGCUUUUUUUCGAUAACGUUCAUAUUUAGUAUAUAACAUUUUGUUUUAUACGCAUGUUUUUUUUAUCAAAGGUAAAGGUCGUAUUUAGUAUGUAACAGUUUGUUUUAAACGUUUGCUUUUUAUAAAAGAUAAACGGCAUAUUAAGUAUGUAGUAAUUUGAUUCUAAAUGAAAGAUUACAGUCAUGUUUUAUUAUACGUACUUUUUUCUUUCUUAAAUUAUAGUAACGUUUUUUUUUUAAACAAUCUUUUCUGAUCACUGUAUGAUUUAUAAUGUAAAAAUAGCAUUU